AUGGUGAAACUGGCAGAGAACACUUCUAUUAUCUCUAAACUUUUAGAGACUUCUAACUUUGCACAGGUGAGCUAUCAUUCUUCUCUUCAAGGAAUAAAGUUUAUCACACCCACGGAUUGCGUGGGCCCUGCAUCUUCAAAAUCAGCUUUAAUCGGGAUCAUGGAGGCUAUAAAUGAUAACGGUGUCAACAUGAUUGGACUGUACGAAAUGCUAGGAGUCGGGAAAACAACUUUAGCCAAAGAAGUUGGGAAGCAUGCUCGAGAAGAAAAGCUCUAUGAUAAAAUUGUGAUGUUUACUAUGUCCCAAAAUCCAAACAUCAACAAAAUUCAAGAUAAAGUUGCAGAUUUUUUUGGUUUAAAAUUUGAAACAAGUAGCCAAGAAGGAAAAGCAGAAGCGCUUUUCAGGAGUAUGCAAGGCGUGAACAAAAUCCUCGUAAUUGUGGACGACCUCUGGGAAGAAUUCAAUUUGGAGAGUAUCGGAAUUCCAUUCAGUGAUGGACACAAGGGUUGUAAAAUUCUUCUGACUACAUGUCAUCAACAAGUCUGCAUUAAAAUAAGCUGUCAGAAGGUGAUUCAACUUGGCAUCUUAUCCGAAGACGAAGCAUGGGUUUUGUUUCGAGAAAGAGCUGGUUUAGAUGAUUACUGUUCCUCCUCGAAUGAUGUAGCCAAAGAGGUUGAUGGUGAAUGUAAGGGAUUGCCUCCUGUACUUGAUACCGUGGCAAGAGCUUUAAAAGAUGAGAGUUUAGAUGCGUGGAGAGCCUUAAAGCAGAGAUUCAAGGACUCAAGGCAUUUGGUUAAUGAAGAAGUUCUCGGAGAUGUCUUCAAGGGUCUUAAGCUUAGCUACGCUUAUUUGAAGGAAGGCAAUAACCAAAUAACGGAAAAUGACAUCCAAAGUGUUUCUUACUGUGUUCCCUUUUUCCUGAAUAUGAAGAAAUCCGUAUUGACAUCCAAAUUGGAGUAG